CACCAACACCCACGUCCGCUACAGUCUGAACACUGAAAAUGCUAGUAUUAGGUCUUUUUUUGUGUUUCCAAUGCCUUUUUCAUAUCUAGAAACUCGAAAAAAUAAUUGCCAGCAUCUCAAGUGCAUGCUGAUCACGCACUACCCCGUCUUUCCAGACCUUUCCUAGUGCCUUUUCGAAGUCGCUCAGGAAUAUCGACCUUCUUAACUAACUACCAUUCUGGGUGCUUGCUGCACAAUAAAAGUGGCGACAGAAAGCAUGGCUGAAUAGCGAUUCGAAUGGUCCCGUGGCAAGGGUUGGCGCUUAAAUAAAUAUGGACCUGAUUGCAGCCUUCAGUUCUCGGCGCUUAUCCAGUUGAUCAAAUCUUCCCUACUCGGCGCCUUGAUGUGUGCUGCUCUUCUCUAUUCUUUACCACCACAUCGCACGCUGCCUUACUGUACUAGCUGCUGGGUUUUCCAAGAGUCCUAUUCGUAUCUUGUCACGGCGAGUCUUCGCUACGACGGCAUUCCAAUGGCCGCCAUCGCCCAAUAUGUGCCUCCAGAGCUCUUGCGAGAAUUUUUCGUCUAUGCCUUUGAUGGUCACAGCGAACAUGAAUCUUUAGAUGUCUCUCGCGGACCAUGGACUAUCUCCUACACAUGCAGUAGCUGGAGAGCAGUGAUCAAUUCUUUGUGUCCCGAGGUAUGGACGGAGAUCCGCAUCCACGACCCAGUAUAUCAGCCUUCCUAUGAAACCCGGCUUCGAACAAUCCUCGAGCGUUCGCAGGACCAACCUCUCCGUGUUUCCUUCAUCUCUUCCAAAAACGAUGCGAUAUCAACUUCCCUAUUCCACGCCUUGAUGCGACAUGCAAAACGAUGGCAGACGGCUGUGUUGCGCAUUGACGGCCCUUAUCUCCUGAAGAUUCUCGCUGAAUAUGACGAUGGUUUCCCCAUCCUUGCGGAAAUUCUCCUGGACGCACAAAUCUCCCCCAUGUGUAUCAAUGCCUUCCGGAAUGCUUCAUCAUUAAGAAGCGUUACACUCGAGCGUCUUCCUAUGACCUUCUCUAUCCCAUUCCCCACCUCUCGUGCGGUUAAUUUUCGUGAUACGUGCGUGCGGAGGGACCAAAUAUGGAAUAGUCGAUACUUAGAUAUCAUACGCCACUCUCCAUACCUCCGUACGUUCGAUGUCGUGCACUGGGGAGGGUCUCCAUCCCAGGAUCUUGUGACUAACACUUCCCUGUGUGUACUUUCUGUUUCCGAUGGCGGAUUCCUGCGCGCGCUAUCUCUUCCGAAUUUGGAAACACUAAAUCUUCGACCCAAGAUCAAGGAUUACCCAAUGCAAUGCUGCCCAUUUAUCGUGUCGGGAGUGCGAGACCUUUUUAUGCAUUCUCAUUGCUCCUUGACGCAUCUUUCGAUCAUCAAUGCUGAUAUUAGUACAGAGCCGAACGGCGAUGUUUUCCUCGAAGCACUAUCUCUCGUCCCUACUCUGGUAGCAUUUCGGCUUUCCUUCAAUCCAUGGAGGGCAAAUACAGAUGUAGCCCUAGAGGUAUUGGUGCAGCGUAUGAUGGAUACAGCUUUCCUGCCGAGCUUGCAGAACUUCUCGGUUGAGAUAGAUGAUAUUACUGGCGUCCAGUACGUGGGGUUCGUAGACCAGCAAUUUAUUGCAAUGGUUGUUGCAAGGACGACAAGGGAGGGAAAGCUGGUAGUGUCAGUGAAAGCAAAGCAUCCGAAGGGCGGUGUUUUUAUAGCGUUGGGUGAGGAGGACCGUUUGAAGGAGUAUAAGGCUGUUGCCUUGGAAGUAUUUAGAGGCGAAGACAGGCUCAUUUAAAAUUGUAGUCCGGGCUCAAUGAAAGGACAUGAUACUGAGGAUUUGUGUUCAGGCUUCUCGGGCCGGCUCGUAAUAUCACACAGACCGAGUCGCGCACCUUUUUCAUGUUGGAUUUACGAGAUAGAUUCUGGGAUGACUCCCAGGAUCGGAAUAUCUAACGACCUCGUGUGGCUCGCCUUGCAUUAAAAACGUAAGGCUAAGGAUUACGGCAGUGCAUGGGGUCCCUCCGAUACGCAAGAUGACUCACCUUUGCAAC